AGUGUAUCACAGCAAAAUCAUUGUUCAAAUUUUACAAUAUCAAAGAAAGUAAUUUCAUCAGCAAAACUGAAUUCUCUCAGAUGUCUACGACGAUACUUUACUCCCUACUCCCAGUACGACUUAACUCACCAAGAACACUGACAAAGAAUGUUGAUGUGUACGAAGAACUGAGAAAAAUGUAUUCCACGAACGGAAUAUGCGAACAAAUCUUGGAUCAAGUAUUAAAUUAUUUGAAUCAGUCGAUUGGAAAUCACCUCGAGAAACAUGAGGUAAAAUAUGCUAAAACUACUCUGUAAAGAACUACAAUAACUUUAGUUCUACUGGAGAUAUGUCAUGCAGUCCUAAUUUUUUUUCCUUAGUGAAAGUAAGUACAUUUCCUUAUUGAUCAUAUUGCAGCUUUGCAGCAAAGUGAAAUAUGAGUAUAUACCCUGUGGCCAAAACCUGUGGCCAAAACAUGUGGCCAAAACCUGUGGCCAAAACCUGUGUCCAAGCAAUUGUCUCAUAUGGGUCCAGGGACGUUACGAAGACUCUGUUGAGGGCAAGAAGGGGGGAGGGUCAAAUUACCAUUUUUUUAAAUUACGGUUUGCGUUACCUAAAUUAAGUUACCGAAAAUUUGGAAUAUUUAAACCAUUAGAAAGCUCAGAUAUUAUUGUUAGCUUGCGCGCGCGUCCACUUUCAACUUCCAUGUUUGCCCGUCAGUGCUCUUAUUAUUUACCUGAAAUCAGCUCAAGACACCUUUAAUUACAGUUACCUGAAAUUACUCAUGAACAAAUAUUUGGGGGGUAUCCCCCGAUGGCUAUACGGCCCUGUAUGUGACUGAGGAAAACAUUUGAUGCGAGGAAACUGCAUAAUAUACAGACUCGAGCCCCUGUCAGAAAGGUAAAUAAAGAAUAAAUUAAUGGGGGAAGACAUUCUGUCACCAAAAUUACCAUUUUGUAUUUUAGUGUUUCUCUGCCAAUGAGCUCUUACAAGAACUAAAUAUUUCAGUUGAAGCUGAUGUUGACAAAGGCAUGAUUCCGCAGUUAAGCAUAAGCAUUAUUUCAAAACUACUUCAACUACAAUGUAUUAAAGUGAACUACGAAAAUCCUCUACCCUGUCCUUCCCACUUUGUCAACCACUUGUUUGAGGAAUAUGCCAAAAAUAAUGUUCUUUAUAAAGAAAACAUGGAGGAAUUGAUGGAAAACUUGAAGAUUGGAAGACAAGGCACAAAUGGGAGUGGUACCAAAGCCAAUACAUCAGAGCCAGCAGAUAAACUUGCUCGUAGAAAGAGACAAAUUGUUAAACGUUCUUCCUACCGCCCUCGCAAUUCAAAGAUGUCUUCUCUACUUAGACAAAAGCAACAACAAGAUGGUAGCCAAGUUGCAGAAGGCAAUAUUUACGAAAAAGUAUGUGAAGGAUAAUACAAUGUUGAGAAUGAUUGGGAAAUACUUGUGGCAGUUAAUGCGUUGCCACUGUCAUUGAGUUAGGCCUGCUACUGCUAUAAGGGGUAUCGCUGACGCAGUCUUCAGAUGAAGCGCCUUUCACCUCUGAGAUUGUGGCUUCAUGUGAAAAGAAUCUGUCAAAAUUCUGCCGAAAGUCGUGGGUUUUCUCCAGUCAGUCAGGCAGGCAGGCAGGCAGGCAGGCAGGCAGGCAGGCAGGCAGGCAGGCAGGCAGGCAGGCAGGCAGGCAGGUAGACAGGCAGGGUGGUUUAGGAUAAACAUAGUAAAGCGGCUCCACGAUAGUGUACAUUGUGGUGUAGUGGAAGAGAUUGAAUCCACUAGUAAAUUGUUGCGGAUUAAUUGGCAAUUCCAGCUUUUAGUUUAUGCGUGCAGGGGACGAUGGGAAGUGAGAUAUCACAUUGCUGAUUAUGCUGAAAAAUAAACUAAUGGUGGCCGUGUAAACACGGAGUGAUAGCGUAUACUUGUAAAUAUUGAAAUAUUUCGGUUGUUUCGGUAGUUUUUAUUGAAACUUUUCAGCAUAAUCAGCAAUACGAUGGUAUUUUAGCAGUCUCGCUCGAUCUAUACUUGAUCAUGUAAUCCUAACAUGAAAUAGCUUCGCUAUGUCUAUUAUUAGCCUUCACAAGGUAGAGUGCGGUUGGGAUUGUCAGAAUCAUUCAUUUCAGUUAAAUCCUUUCCUCGUUUAAAAACAUUAUUAAUAAAGAUUGGAACUUUUCAAGUUUAUUAUUUUGUCACCCCACGCCAUGUCACCUCGUUCCUUUUUGAGAUCCCCAGGACUGCACUACUGGAAUUGCCCAAUAUCCAGGCCCGGAGCAAUCUCGUACUCAGAGUAUGCCCGUUCGCAGGUUAGGUGCGAACGGGUAUAUUCUGGGUACGAGAUUGGGCCCGGAGCUACGGGGGAUGGGUGUGGGGGGUGGGGGUGACAUCCCCCAGAAAUUGUAUUCGAAACCUCAGUCGGCAGGACUCCUAUUUUAGUCGGCAGACAAUAAUAUUUUUGACGAAUAAAACCACUACCGAUAUAUGAUUUUUACCUGUUAUAUAAGAAACGGAAAUUUUGGUUACUCGAAAUUUACUCAGCAGGAUAAUCAUUAUAAUAUCCGUUAGUAAAACAAGCCCAGAUUGAAAGUUAAACAAAAUAAGGAUAGAAAAUAUCUUAAAUGAAUUUCAGGGACUGCGGAGCAGGCCCCCCCCCCAAUAAUUUCCAUACAUAUGUGAUUUUUAUAAACUAAGAAUACUGAAAUGUGCGUUCGUUAUAGCCCCCGUAAUAAAAAAAAUGGCUCCACCGCGGUCCCUGAAUUUAGUUGACCUCCAUCGGAAAUUUUACAAGCUUCCAUGGCUAGCAUGUGGUCGGUACAAGCUCGUUCAUCAGUCGGUUGAAAUAAACUUACACCCGGCCCCUUCACCUGAAGAAUUUCCUGAGGACGACCCUGCCAAUAUCAAAGAAGCUUUAAUGAGAUUAGCCAUUAAUAUUCUUUAACUAAAUUUUCCAUAUCCUAAUGAAGUUUCUUUUCAGUGUUAUUCAGCGGAUGAACUUUUCUCGAUCUAUCAUGUUGAUGAAAAUGAUGGGUGCAAAAUGAAAAGAUUUGAAAGUUUGUCAAUAGCUCUUCUUGAUCAAAUAGAGAGUAAUGUUUGCGAAUAUAAUUAUAAAGUUGUAGAUGAAGAUGAUGAGAUGAAGAAAGUAUCAGACAUGGCAGGUAAAUGUUUUUGGAAUCAUUUCUGUAUUUUCAUGCGGCUAUCUUUCUUUAUACUGGACAGUUCUAGCAAAUUCACGCUUUUCCUCGGCGUCCAGUAAAGGCCACGACUAAUUUACUAGUUAAGUGUUACUGCAGGAGGAAACAGUGGCAUACCGCGGAGUAUGAUGUUUAGUAAAGUCAAACAAGAAGCACUCUUCUCACAUGUAACUGAGGCCACAUUCCAAUCAGACAACUGGCAAUUGCAUAAUUAUAGGUAGGAAUCCAAAUUGAUCAGCUCUGCACGGUCGAGUGGUCGUAGCGUUCGCUGUCAGAAGCCAGCAAUGACCUGCAGUGUGCCACCAACAUCCCCAUCUGUUUCAAUCAAAUUAAAUAGAACUGUCAGUUAGCCGUGUUUAUAUAGCGUUCUCAAUACCUGAAUUGUUAUUUCAAUGGGGAUACAGACACCGGUGGCGAAUCGCUAUCUCGUUAUUGGGACCGUCAUGUAUACUACUUCUACUAGCUUACGAUUUAGUAAAGGUUAUUAUUAGUAGAAAUUUUGGAGUGGCUAUAAAUUGAAUAUUGAAUUUCUUGCAAAAACCGACAUUCAUGCAUGACAGAAAAUCUCUGACAGGGCCCUAAUCGACCAAAUUGAAGUUUCGAUUUCCUGAAUUUGUAAGUACGUAAUUUGUGGAUUUACCAUGAUUGAUCAGUUUUUAAUAUCAGAAUAUUUCCGUAUUUCUAGUAUGGGGUUUUGGUCUAGCCGCAGUUUCUGCAGUCAGUCUUAUAUCGUUAUUCAUGAUCUUACCACUGUUGAAAACAAAAUUCUACAAGAAAUCUCUCGUGUUUCUUAUUGCUCUGGCUAUCGGUACUUUGGUUGGAGAUUCAAUGUUUUAUCUCUUGCCUCGGGUAGGUUUGAAAGGUUUUGUUUUGCCCAUAUCUAUUGGUGGGUUUGACUGUAAACGUUAUAUUAGACAGCAGAUCGCGAUGAACUUUAGAGAUUGAUUGUUAAAACAUAAGCCUUGUUUCCAGAUGGUCGUCAGUAACGGUCGUGAAUACUGAGUCACGAUCUUUCUUAAGAACUGAAAAUAGGCAGAGUGAUUAUGAAUAGAGAAUACUUAUGAUUUAUAAAACUAUUAUAAUCUGCCCAUUGAGAAAGAUCGUAAAUCUAUCUUUACGACUGUUACUACCAUAUGGAAACCUAGCUAUAUAUUGGAAGAAUUAGACUGAAAUUCUCGCAAUUUUAUUUACAUAUAACCUGUACCAAAUUCAAGACUACUAUAUAAAGAAAAGAACGUAUUUAACAUUCUUUUCUCACUCUUACAACUAUCGAUUAAUGACCAUCUGGUGCAUGAUACUGCGGCGGCUCAAUGUACACUUUCAGCCUACAUUGCUACAUGAUCAGAAUUAUGACGUCAGAAGAGGGUAAGACUUUGAAAUGCAGCGAAAUAUUAUAGGUAGAUUUAACCACCCAAAACCAACAAUUACUGAACGAAGCAAAAAUUUGCAAUCGUGUUAUUUGAAACGCUGACAUGCAUAUGUGCACAAAAAUGUUAUCAUGUCAUCCAUAUCAUGCUGUUUAAGCCUUUUGUCCACUCUUUUCAAGAAUAGUUAUGUAUUUGACAAAAAUAUAAUCACAAGUCCACUCUUAUUUCAGGCAACUGGUUUUCAGGGAAAAGAUAAAGAUUACUACUGGAAGUUUUUUUCUGUGGUCGGUGGAAUUUAUGGAUUCUUUAUCUUUGAGACAACUGCACAUCUUCUUCUGCGACAAACACACACUGUUGAGGUAAAUGCAUCAUGUUUAAAUCUUCCAGUUUCAUGCCAUAAAUGCGUGUGUCCAAUUACUCCCAUUUUGAACCAGGUAAAAGUUCUUACAAAAUGACCGGGUAAAUACUCAACCUCGUACCCAGGGCCUUUGCAAAAGUGAAUAUUGCGAUUGGCUUGUUUAAGAAAAGUGAUCAAUGUUUGCAUGUGAUUCAUUAAUUAGAAAAUAAUGAAUCACACUUUUCAGCAACGUCUCUAUUCAGAGGAGGUGAGCCAGGAUUUUUGGCCGGGGAGGGGGGGGGUGCAGCAAAAACCUAGGUGGGCCAGGCUUCACCUAUUUUUAUAGAAUGAAUUUUCUCAGGGGAACUCAUUUUACCAGAGGCAGGGCGGGCCCCCCGGCCCCCGCCCUGGCUACGCCUUUCUAUUUUAAUUUCAACUUGCAGGAUCUUUCAAAGUCCUUCUGCAUCGAAAACUUUCUCUUUCUAACUUUUCCUGGGAUGGUUUCUUAUACACAUCAAUCAUGAACCUUUACUGUUGCUUUCAAUUUGUUUAUUUUUCAAGAUCACACCAAAGAACAAGAAGUACAUCGAAAAAAAUACCGUGGUUCCAAGAACAGGCGAUAAGAAUCAAAACAAGCUGGAUAACCCACCGUUCAUUGUGGCUAACAAG